AUGCGACAUCGCGUACUCACGCUGAUUCUCGGCGUCUUUGCACUUUACGCAGCCUCUUUACCUCAAUCCAGAGACGACGACGAGUUUAAAGCCCUGUCUGGCCAGGUUCUCCGUGAAAUAGCACCAAAAACAGAGUCUUGCGAAGAUGCAGCAUUCCCCGAAGAAUGUGCAGAUGCAACACGGGCAGCAAGGGCUAUCAACAAGGCCUUCGAAACAUAUGGGAUCUCUUCGCUGGGCGAAAGGGUUGGGUUAGUGGCUUACAUGCUUUUCGAAUCAGACGAUUUCAAGUACAAUAGAAAUCACUAUCCAGGCAGACCGGGACAGGGCACCCGAAUGAUGGCAAUGCCCUCUUUCGUCAAAUCCUAUGCGGAAAGCGUCGCUGGCCCCGACGCUGUCGCCAAGGCCGAAGCCGCUGGAGGGGACGCAGGUCUCGAUGCAGUACUACGUCUAGCCAACUGCAACGACGAGAAAAGUUUUGGGAGUGCGGCAUGGUUUCUCAGCACGCAGUGCACCGGCUCCGUUCGAGACGGGCUGGCCACAAGAGGGAAAAGCGGAUGGCACGAUUUCUUAACCACAUGUGUAAACACAACCGUAACAGCAGAACGUGAUACACGAUGGCUGGCUACAGCACAAGUCAUGAACAUCAUCAGAAUAUCAUCAUCCUACUGCAAACUGUGUCGCAACAAGAUAACUAUCAAGCAGCUUACAAAGAUCACGCCUACGUCCACGGCCUCGUUACCAACACAAGCAACUCGUGCAAUUCUACAAGGCUUGCAGGCAGUCUGUGAAGGCACCAACCCAAUUGUCGACAUUGUCGCGGUCCACGACCUCAAUAGGCAUCGCGAGAAGACGGGGAACGGCGUGUACUGGCUGCGCGACCUGCUGCCGCACGACUUGCCGCGAGCGCGCAUACUCAGCUGGGGCUACGAUACAAACACACAUAAUAGGUCGCGAGUGAGGUGCGAGUACUUGUAUGACCGACCAUACGUGGACGCUGAUGUCAGACCUGUGUCUGGAGAGACAGUUGACAGAGGCAUGUAGUGGGCAGGGUGGUUACAAGACAAAACACCUAAGUCGCAUCAACCGAUCAAGUGGCAGAUCAUCUUCGUGGCGCACAACCUGGGCGGUAUUAUCGUCAACCGCGUGAGUGGGAGCAGGACUACUAAAACGUAGAGACAGCGGAUCGAUGAGUGCUGACUCUCAUCCCCUCAAACACCGUCGGCCGAGGCGCCCUCAAAGAGCAUCGCACUGCCAAGUUGUCGACGCACUGCAUCCUGUUUAUGCAUAUACUCCACUAAAGCGAAAGCGGAGCCGCACUGAACAAGCUCACUGCCAACAUGGCGUCCGUGUUUGUCGCGG